UUUCUCUCUUACUUUCGCGGGCCUGGGCUUCAGAAAACGUGACGUAAAAGUAAAGGCGGGAACAUCUGGUGACGCAACCAGGAAAUCCAACAACAGUUGAUGCAUCCUUCGGAGGUCCCUCAGAAGGAGUCGCCUUUAAAGGCCGGGUCCUACGAAGGAUGCAGACCCUGAAUUGGGACACAGAGAAAAAGCUCACUGGCUGCUGCUGAGGCUUAAAUAUGACUUAUUAUCAAACUCUUUUCCUUUAAACUGAAGCCUUGUUGAUGUGGAGUUCCCUCAGAGCAUCAUCAUUAAGAGUAAACAGUUUAACCUUUGUUUACACCUGAUGUUUAGAUGGAGGCGAUGGAGGUGGACUCCCCCAUGGAGCUGCAGCGAGGACGCAUCAGGCAGCCGGAGGCCGCCGCAGCCGCUGCAGCUGCAGGUCGGGCGGAGAACGCCGACGGACCGCACGUCAUCUCCGACUCUGGGAGCAGCACAGAAGUGGACGAUGAUGAUGAUGAUGAAGAUAGAAACGGAGGACGGCAGGCUUCGGCUCGGCCGCCGUCCUUCCUGCUUCCUGCCGCCUGGGCGUUCAGUCAGAGAGCCGUGGGCGGAGCCACGACGUCAGCGUCUCAGGGAGCGCCGAUACGGAGGAGACUCAGACAGGGCCUCAGGGUGCACUACCCCAGUCAGACUGCAGCGCCCUCUAGAGGUUUCCCUGACUUCCUGCUGCGAGCUCCGGCCGCCACCGUAGCCGAACCGGAGUCCGGCAGCACAACGGAGGUCAGCGAGUCUGACGAGGAGGAAGAGGAGAGAGGCGAUGAAGAACAGGCUCCUGUUGCCGCGGCGCCCGCGGAACCCGCCCAGCCCCCUCCGUCUGCCGGUCCUCAACCCGGAGCCUCCAGUCCGGCACAGGAAGCUCCAACCUCUGCAGACGCUGAGAGGACAGACGCUCAAAUUCUGGACGUUAAGUCGGUCCCUGCAGCCUCUGCUUUAGUCCCGCCGCCUCACACCGAUGAAGGCGAAGGCGACACCUGCACCAUCUGCUUCGAGCCGUGGACGACGGCGGGCGAACAUCGACUCUCCGCUCUGCGCUGCGGUCACCUGUUCGGCUUCACCUGCAUCCAGCGCUGGCUGAAAGCUCAGGGACCGGCUGCUAAAUGUCCGCAGUGCAACAAGAAAGCGAAACGUUCAGACAUCGUUCUGCUUUACGCUCCGAAGCUCCGAGCGCUCGACAACACCGAGCAGGAGAGUCUGAAGAAGUCUCUGGAGCAGGAGCAGUCUCUGAGGAGGAAAGCUGAACUGGAGUCAGCUCAGUAUAAACUGAAGCUUCAGGUCGUCACCAACAAAUACGGACAAGCACAACAGGAGCUGCAGGAGUUGAGAGCUCUGAUGGCUCAGGCUGGGAGAAGUUUAGCUCCUUCCUCUUCUUCUUCCUCCUCCUCCUCUUCCUCGCUGCUCCUCGGUCUCUCUCAGAGGUCCGACGGCUCCAGAGCGGGUCAGUACGGCUUCUCCAAGGCGGUGCUGCUCACUCAGGCCGGAGGCUGCAGAGUUUUAUCCUACUGUGAACCUCUGAGCUGCCUGCUGGCCUCGCAGCCUUCUCCUCAAGCCACGCUGGUGCCUGGCUGCGGGGUGAAGAAGGUGAGCGUGGUGACGAUGAAGGCCAGUCACUACGUUCCCAUCCACAGCAAACAGAUCCGAGGUCUGUCCUUCAACAGACAGAACGACAGUCUGCUGCUGUCCGCUGCGCUGGAUAAUACCAUCAAACUCACCAGCCUGCUGACCAACACGGUGGUUCAGACCUAUAAUGCAGGGAAGCCGGUGUGGAGCUGCUGCUGGUGUUUGGACAACAGUAACUACGUCUACGCCGGUCUGAGUAACGGCUCCGUGCUCGUCUACGACACCAGAGACACGAGUACACACGUACAGGAGCUGCAGCCGCUACGCUCCAGGUGUCCCGUGGCGUCCCUCUGCUACGUCCCUCGUGCAGCGUCCAGCUCGUUCCCGUGUGGCGGUCUCAUCGCCGGCUCUCUGGAAGGCGGAUGUUUCUGGGAGCAGGUCAACGAGAACACCUACAGACCUCACAUCCUGCCGCUGGAGACCGCCGGCUGCACCGACAUCCAGGUGGAGACGGAGAGCCGACACUGUCUGGUCACCUACAGGCCAGGUCGCUCCAACCCGUCUCUGCGCUGCGUCCUGAUGUCUCUGAACCGAACGCCGCAGCAGGACUCGGCUCAGGUUCCCAGCUGUUCCUGUUCGCCGGUUCAAACGUUCAGCGCCGGCUCGUCCUGCAAACUGCUCACCAAGAACGCCGUCUUCAGGAGUCCUGAUGGCGCCGGCACGCUGGUGUGCGCCGGAGACGAGGCGACCAACUCCACCAUGGUGUGGGACGCUGGUAGCGGCUCUCUGCUCCAGAAGCUUCCAGCUGAUCUCCCUGUUUUGGACAUCAGCCCGUUCAAAGUUAACGGAGAAAACUUCCUGGCGUCGCUCACUGAGAAGAUGCUGAAGCUCUACAGGUGGGAGUGAAGGAGGAAGAUCUCUCUCUCUCUCUCUCUCUGUCUCUCUCUCUCUCUGUCUCUCUUUCUCUCUGUCUCUCCCUCUCUCUCUCUCUGUCUCUCUCUCUCUCUCUCUCUCUCUCUCUCUCUCUGGCGUCGUCAUGGCAACAGACCAGCGUUCGUGGAAACUGUGGGAAAUUAAAUGCUGCUAAACUUUUUUUAUCUGUACGUUUACACACAGAAAAAAAAAAAACUCUGAUCGGCGGGAGGAAACAUUUCAAACAUCCUGAAUGUUCUUAAUUUUUUGAUCUUUUUUUUCUAAUUUUUUUCUUUUAAAUCCAACAUUCAUUAUACUCCAUCUGUUAACCUUUGACCCUAAAUGAAGCCUGAGUGAGUCAGAAGGUGUUAAAAAAUCAUCCAAUAAGAGGACAGAUGUGUAAAAAUGUGGUUCUGCUGCAGUGAGCUCCUGUUUUAAAAAUUACCGUAUUGGCACGAGUAGAAGGGCAACACUGAUUUAUAAAACACCCUCCUCUGUUCCAACACCUGUAUUUGGACAUACAUCACACACACUCUCUCAAACACACACACACACACACACACACACUCUCCUUUAUAAAUACGUUUUUUAAGAAGUUCAAUCAUAAUUUUCCAUCAUUCCUUUAUAUUCAUGCCAAUACGGUAAUCUGAUCUUUUAAAUACAGGAGGAAAAAGUCUUAAUUAACAGUGUGAAAGUGAUCAGAUCAUCUUCACAUGAAGGGUGAUGAAGAUGAUAUUGUGUCUCCUGUUGCUGCUGAUUUCAGUCUGAUGAUAAAGUGUGAAAGUGAACAUCUAUAAAUUAUGUAUAUUUACAUUUUUACACAGCUCAUUAAGUUCCCUUUUUAAUUUCUGUACAGUGUGAAAAUCAGUCAGAAGCUUGUUUGAGUUGAUUAAAUCCAUCACAGUCAACAUUAAAUCUGCAUUAAACACAUUAAUUACCUCCACAAUUAGACUUUUAACUCAUUAUAAUUGAGGUAGAAGUGAGAAGUGACAAGAUAUAUAAUUACAGAGAUGGCAGAUAGUGUGUUUUGAGGUGUUGUCAUGACAUAAUUAAUCCACCAGGGGGCGCCGAUGGUUAGUAAACGACCUGCUCACUACUGCAGGUUUCUUAUAACACACUGAUCUCCAACCCUGAGCUACUGUCCUGCAUGUUUUAGGGUUUAUCUCUCCACUCUAUCACACCUGAUUUUAAUUAAUUAGCUCGUUAUCAAGCAGCUGGAGCUCGUUAAGAGG